CGUGUGAUAACCGACGAAAUAAUCAGUAUUACUUUUUUUACUGUACACCAUUUCCAAAUUACUUGCUUUUAUAUUACAUGAGUACAGAUUGUUAGCAGUUUCAUCAAGCGUUUGCAGAUUGUUUUCAGCAACAGAAAGCCAAUUGCACUGCUUCUUCAGCGUUAUUUUUAUUUUCGUGACCUUGCUACUAGAGGGCGAUGAUUUCUUUGCAAACUGUAUUCACGUGUAUUUUCACGUUUUCUGCUGAUAAUGUAUGACGUCAUAUCGAUAAUAUAUACGAUUCAACCUGGCAACAGAAGGCUAGGUUGAAAAUUUGUUUCUGCUCAUUAGAGAACUCUUGAAGCGGCUGCUAGUAUUCCCGGAAGAAUUUCAAUUUAAAAUUCUGUGCAGGUUGUAAAGAUGGAUGUGAAAGCGAACUAUUGUGAUUUUUUUGAAGGAACUGAAAAGCUACUUGAAAUUUGGUUCGGACGUAGAACUGAGAGCAAUGGAGCAAAUUUUGAUUUGCGGUCUGUUCCACGAUCUACUUGGGAAAAACUAUUGAAGCUUGUAAAGUGUGAAAUUAUUAGCUUUAAAAAGAAUGAUCACUUGGAUGCAUACGUUUUGAGUGAGAGCAGUUUGUUUGUGUCCAAGAAUCGCAUCAUUCUGAAAACAUGUGGCUCAACAACUUUGCUGCAGGCAGUUAAACCCUUGAUAUAUGUUGUGAGAGAUUAUACUGAUUUUGAUAUGGUAGUGGACAUAUUUUACUCACGUAAGAACUUUCAGCGUCCUGAACUUCAGAACAAACCUCAUACAAGUUUUGAAGAUGAAACUGAAGUUUUGGAUCAAUUAUUUGAUGGAUCUGCGUAUUGUUUGGGGAGGAUGAAUAGAGACUGCUGGUAUUUGUAUACUCUAAAUCCUCUAGAAGAUUUCAUUGGAGUCCAAGUUCCGGAUCAGACUUUAGAAGUGAUCAUGCAGGAACUGGAUCAAAAGGUGAUGAAGAUUUUUACUCGAGAAGUUUGUACUUCAGCAAAAGAAGCAACACAGAAGUCUGGAAUUGAUAAACUUUUCCCUGGAAUUGUUAUUGAUGAUUACUUAUUUGAACCAUGUGGAUAUUCAAUGAAUGGCCUUAUUAAAGGGGGCUACUAUGCUACCAUUCAUAUAACGCCAGAGCCACAAUAUUCUUAUGUCAGUUUUGAGACGAACUAUCCACAGGAAUCUUACAUGGAUUUAAUUUCACGCCUCCUGAAACUGUUUUGCCCUGGGAAGUUCAUCAUGACUUUAUUUGCUAACAAGCUAUCUGUUGCUGCCAAUACGCACCGCCUGUAUCAUAGCAUGGACUUCCACGGAUUUUGUCGUAAAGAACUGCAGUUUUCACAUUUCAAGAAUUACGAUCUCACUUAUGCCCUUUUUGCCAAGGCGCCUAGUUGAGGCCUAAUUUCACCUCUAUCCAGACAUACCUCCUCUUUUUUAUAUUUCUAUUUUUCUUGGAAUCUUUGUUCUAAACCUUUGCCCCGUAGACCCAAAUUUGGUCUCCACUUUCCCACAUUUGUAUGGAGCAGGAUUUCAUGAUUGUGCUGAUGAUGAUUGUUAUUUGAUUAGUCUUUCUAUUGAACGAGAGAGAGGUGUUCAAAUGAAUGAACUACUCUUAGUUCUCAUUUUUCUCGAAUGUUCAAGUCGAGGAAACAUUCCGCACAAAGGGUUAAAACUAUGGCUGUCUCGUAUAUACGAGCAAGUGGUGCAGCUAAUGGAUGCUUUUAUCUUGCUUUUUAAAAGCAGUUUGGUUGUUGAGUUAAGUUUUCUUUUACUGUAAGAGGGUUGUUUUCUGCAAGUGCUUCAUGCAGCUAUGCGACUUCUGAAGUCAGACUUCUGACUAUAGGACGAGUCUUGAAAUUUAAAAAUCAUUUUCUGAAAUAAGUAAACAAUACACUAGUAUAAAAUGAUGAUGAUGAGAUAUGUUGCAGAGAAUUUUUAUUUUUGGUGUACAUGACAGAUUUUCAUAUAUCAUUUUGACACACAUGUAUAUGUGUAAUACUUUUUAAAAAAUUUUAUAUAUAUAUAUGUGAUUAUUAUAAUUCAAGUUGUUGAAAUUAGUAUCAUAUAUUGAUAAAAUGCCUUUAUAAGAACACUUUAAAAAUAGUGGAUAUUGUUACCUGUAAUUAGUAUUCUUAAUUAAUAAUCUUGAACUGGGGAAAAAAGUAUAUUAUUGAUAGCACUGGUUUUAUGUAAUUUAUUUUGUAAAAGAAAGUUUAUUAUUCAGAUUUUUUUUUAGAAUUAUAAGCCACUUGAACUCAUUGAAACGCAUUGAAAUAAUGCUUUUCCAGGUCCUUCCUUGUUAAAACAGCCACUGUAUAAGCGUUUGGUAAUGUUUGAAGUUUAUGUUUUAUGGAUUAGUUGACUAAGUUUGCUGGUUUUGGCAGCUAAGUUCUGUGCUCAUUUUAACAAGGAAAUACCUUUUUUCAAAUGAAACUUUAUUCUUGGAGAGUUCCGUGUGGAAAAAUGAUUAUUCAAAUUUUUUCCUAUUCUAAAAUUUCUUAUUGAGCAUUAAUUAUCAGGUUUUACCAAUUUUAAUGAUAAAGAGUGCAAAAUAUUAUGUAUAUAUGAAGUGCAAAAUAUUAUGUAAAAUGCAAUUUCAACAAAAACACUGUGUAAAUUCUUCUAUUCUAGUGCAAUAAUAAUAUAAUAUGAUUAAAAUCUGUCAGCGGAGAGAAUUUCAUUUGCAAUGACCUUAAUUCUAAAAAUGACAUUUUAUUUCAAUUUUAUAAGGCAUGUGGCAUUUUUGUAAUCAUUGCUUGAAUUAUUUUAUGUGAAAUUUUUUACCCAAAACUGAAUUCAUAUUUGUUUCAUGUAAAUUUUUUUUAAUGACAUGAGAAAAACUUGAGCAAAUUUUUCGUAUUUGUGCUUUAACAAAAAUAUGAUUUUUAAAAUUGUAUCUUAAAAUAAUUUAUGUUUUAAAUAAUAUUUUGGUACACUGUCAGAUAUUGUCAUCUGCACUUGACACUUCUUUACCUAGAUAAAAUGCAUUAACAGGGGGGGGGAUAGGACUUAAAAUUUGCUGUUUAGAUGAAGAAAUUUCAGGUGCAUUUUAUCAGUAUUUUUUUUUUUUAAUUUGUGAAUUAAAAUAUUUUAGAAUUAGCUCUGAGGCAAUUUGAUAUAUAUGAAAUCUGUUUCACAUUGAAGUGUGAUAAGCUGUAACAACAAAUACACAAAAUGCAUUUUUAAACUGUAAAAAAAAAGUAUCAGCAUAAAUAUAUUAGCUAUCAGGAAACAUAUGCAUGAUAAGUUGAAGCUGAUGCUGAAGUUCUUACAGAUGGAGAAUUUUAAUUAAACUUUGAAAAUGCUGGUAUUGUGUUGAAUUUUUAUAGAUUUCUUGUCGAAAUAUGUUUAAAAGAGUGAUGGGAGAAACAUUCAGUGUAUGAGAAGAACUAUAUGAAUUAUUAUUAUUUUAAAUUUUUAACAGUUAAGUUCCAAGAGUAAUAGCUUGGAUUGGGAAUUUGUCUUACUUGUCUAACAGAAGCUUUUGAAUGGAUAAAAGAAAGGAUAUUGUGUCAGGAAGGUUUUUCACUUUUGUCUUUGUCAUGCUUCAUACUCGGAGGGUUAAAUUUUUCUGUUACAAGUAGUUAACAUUUUGAGAGCUCUGUAGUUGAUAUAUGUAUUAAUGUGUGUAGUAUAAGAGGUAUGUCUGGGUAGGAGGAUUUUCUAUGCUUUCUUGGUGUAUUAAUUGAUGAUCAAAUUGUGAAAAGAAAGUAUCUAAUUCUUGAUGUGAUUUUGAUGUAAUUAAAAAUUGCAAACCAU